AUGAUUGAUCCGCGCUUUGCUAAUGCUGGCGCCAUUCCUCUUGUACCUGGAUUUGGUGGACAGCAAGUGCCCAUGCAAUAUCAUCAUCAUCAUCGACAUCAUCGUCAUCAUAAGAAUAAAGGUCAAAAUGAUGUAUCACCAGUAAGCCGUGAUGAAUCAAUACAUAAGGUAGAUCAUGGUCAACAUCAUUAUCUACAGCAUAAUGAGAUAGGUCUUGUUGGUGGUGGUGGUGGUGGUGGUGGUGGUGGCGGUGGCGGUGGCGGUUAUGGUGUUCCAUAUGGUGUCAGUGGUUUUAGUGCUAGUGGUCCAGCUGGUUUUCAUCAUCAUCAUCAACAACAACAACAACAACAACAACAACAACAACAACAACAACAACAUCAACAACAACAACAUCAACAACAACAACAUCAACAACAACAACAUCAACAUCAACCACAACAACAACAUCAACCACAACAACAACUACAACAACAAUUUGGUCGUGGUAAUUUUGGAUUUGCGAAUCAUUAUCAAGGUGUUCCUUUUGGCCAAGGUCCUCCAGCUGGUGGUCCGGUAGGUCCGGGAGUAAAACUACAUCGACGUUCUCAUCGACAUCAUCGUCAUCAUACUGCUGAAGUAGUAAAUACUGUUGGUUAUGGUGAUCAAGGACAAGGAGCACCUGAACAAUUAAUUGGUCAACGUUCAU